GGAGCAUGGGACCAAGCAGCUAUCAUCGAUCUUAUCGUUUUCGACGUGGCUGAUUACCAUCCGCAUUACUGAUAAACAAAUUUCCAUGCUUUUUAACUUCAUUUGUCAUUCUCAGAAAAUUUCAAAUGCUUUUGUUACAUUAAAACGGAAGGAACAAAACACAGUGAAAAAAUGGUGGUCACCAGUGGAGCUGAAGUUCAUGAUGAUUCCAACAACUACGACAGAGAAAAAGAACUGAAAGCAUUCGACAAUUCAAAAGCCGGUGUCAAAGGUCUGGUAGAUGCUGGAAUCACUAAGGUUCCUCGUAUGUUCAUCCGUUCAGACAUUUCAUCGAACACUUUAGAGACAACCAAGAAAACCCAAUACAAUAUUCCAGUUAUUGAUCUACAAGGGAUCGAAGAUGAUCCACGGCGGCAUAAAGAGAUCAGUGACCAAGUCAGGCAUGCAUCAGAGACAUGGGGCUUCUUCCAGAUUGUCAACCAUGGAAUACCUAUAAGUGUUCUUGAAGAGAUGAAAGAUAGGGUUCGAAGAUUUUUCGAGCAAGAUAUUGAGGUGAAGAAAAAGUAUUACGUAAGAGAGUCGGGAAGCAGGUUUAGAUAUCAGAGCAACUUUGACUUGUAUACAGCUCCAUUUGCGAACUGGAGAGAUACCUGUUUCUGCAUGAUGGCUCCUGAUCCUCCCCAGCCUCAAGAAUUGCCUGAGGUGUUGAGAGAUAUUCUAGUGAAAUACACGAAGGAAGUAAUGAGAUUGGGGAGUUGUUUAUUUAAAGUAUUGUCCGAAGCUCUUGGACUAAGCUCAAAUCACCUGGAGGAGAUGGGAUGUGCCGAGGGACUUGCAGUCCUAAGCCAUUACUAUCCGCCAUGUCCCGAACCCGAACUGACCUUCGGCACGAGCAAGCACUCCGACAAUGACUUCCUAACGGUGCUUUUACAAGACCAAAUUGGGGGCUUGCAAGUGCUUUAUGAAGAUCAAUGGCUCGAUGUUCCUCCGGUGCCUGGUGCCUUGGUGGUUAAUGUUGGAGAUCUUUUACAGCUUAUAACAAAUGACAAGUUCAAAAGCGUGGAGCACAGAGUUUUGGCAAACCGUGAAGGACCAAGAGUAUCAGUGGCAAGUUUUUUCACCACAGGCUUAUUACCAUCUUCAAGGGUUUAUGGACCCAUUAAAGAGCUGCUCUCUCAACACAAUCCUCCACUUUACAGGCAAACCACAGUUAAAGACUAUGUUUCCUACAUUUAUCAACAUGGUCUUGACGGAACUUCUCCCCUUCAUCUCUUUAGGCUCUGAAAAAAUUUUCGCCCCUAAACUUGUGAGUUGCAGAAGACAUAAUGGUGUUCUUAGUUACUUAUCAUUGCAGCUAUUAUCGUUUUUUGACGUGGCUCAUUUCUAUCCACUCUUCUGGUGAAUAAAUUUUCCUAUUUGGUAUUUUCAUGGGGCUGCUUUAGUUAAAGGAACAAAAAGAACCCGACAAAAAUGGUGGUUGAACUAAUUUAAAAUAUAAAAUCUGAUGAUUUAAUUGGAAUAUUUUUAAAUUUUAGUUUAUAAUUUGAUGAAGUAAGAUGUAAAAUUAGAUAAUUAUGGAUUGAACUAAAUUUAGUUUCAUUAUCCUAUAGGAUAUAUAUGGAGCUAAAAUUAAAUCAUCGAUAAAUUUUGAAUUGAUUUGUUUUGGAUGUAGGGUGGAAUGGGGUAAAUUUUCUUGUUAAACAGUGGUUAUGGAGCUGUUUUAAUUAUUAAUUGACC